AUGACUGACGUCACUAGCGACACCUAUGUGUCAAUCACAGAGAUAUCAAAAGGCCAUCGCUUGUAUGGUCGCUUGCAUGAACUACGGGAAUUUUAUCGUCAUGAGUAUGGAUCAGAACCAAAAUUUUAUGUUCGUGUCCCGGGAAGAAUAAAUAUUAUUGGCGAACAUGUUGAUUAUUGUGGUUAUCCGGUACUACCCAUGGCUAUUGAUCAGUGUAUACUGCUAGCGGUUGGAUAUACUGAAGAGAAUACCCAAUUGCAGCUUAGAAAUAUGGAAAAGAAAAAAUACGAAGAUUUCUCAAUUGACCUCAAAGAGUUACAAAUAAUUCAUAAGAAUUCUUGCCCGCCACCGUGGUACAAUUACUACUUGUGUGGUGUUAAGGGGAUUUUAGAAAAAUUAGCUGAUAACGACCAAAGGUAUGGCAUGACCGUGGCCAUCAACGGCAACAUUCCACCCGCAUCGGGAGUAUCAAGUUCGAGUGCACUGGUCAGCAGUGCAGUAUUGGCUACGGCUUAUGUUCAUCAUGAAACGCUUAACCGCAAGUCGCUGGCAUCCAUAUCGGCAGCAUGUGAACGUUACAUUGGAACCCAAGGAGGUGGUAUGGAUCAGGCUAUUGCAUAUUUGGCCAAAGAAGGAUGUGCUCAAUUCAUUGAAUUUCAUCCGAGUUUAAAUGCCACCCCUUUACAGUUGCCAGAGGGUGCUUGCUUUGUAGUUGCCAAUAGUUUGGCCGAAAUGAAUAAGGCUGCCACAUCAGAUUUUAAUCAACGUGUUGUUGAAUGUCGUUUGGGUUGCCGUUUAAUUGCCCUCAAAUCACACCUUAACAAUUGGAAGGAUAUCCACGUAUUUGUCAAACUUCAGGAAACUUUGAUGUGUGAUUUAGCUCAACUAGAAUCUUAUGCAUUAGAAUAUGUUUCCCAGGAUAUUUACACACGUACGGAAUUAUGUGAUGUGUUUGGUGUAACCGAUGAAGAAUUCGCAAAAGAUUUCCUAACGGAAAAUACCCGCAAUAUGCAACAGUUUAAGUUAAAACAACGAACCUUACAUGUCAUUCAGGAAUCCCUUCGAGUCCAAGAAUUUCGUACAAUUUGUGAGCAGUUCUCCUUAAAUGAUGUACAUUCCAAUGGCAUUCAUACGAAUGGCAAUACUGAUUCCGCCUUUGACUCUGCAGUUGCCAGACUAUCGCAAUUGAUGAGACAAUCUCAUGACAGUUUGAAAACUCUAUAUGAAUGUUCUCAUCCGAAUUUAGAUAAACUAGUUGAAAUAUCACAACAAAUGGGCAUUGGUGCAAGAUUAACCGGUGCUGGGUGGGGAGGAUGCAUUGUGGCCUUGUGUGACUCUGUGGCAUCUUCGAAUAAAUACAUCGAGACUUUGAAAGAAAAAUACUAUUCACAGUUACCAAAGGAAAAAUUACAAUACAAAGCAAUUGAAAAUGUAGUUUUUGCUACCUGCCCCGGUAAUGGUGCCGAGCUGUUGAUGUUGCUGCCAUUAAAUGAAUAA